UAAAGUUGUUUGUUGUUGUUUUUGAAAUUUGAAAACUCUGAAGUGCUGAAAACUGACCGAUUUUAAUAGAUUUUCUUUUAUUUUACUCUGGAUGAUAUAGAAAAAAUAAAGUAAAAACUUACAACUUGUUUUAGGGACCUUUCCCAACUGAAUGACACCAUGGAACCGUCUUUAUUGAAACAGCUGAAGGGGCAUAAGAAUAGUAUCACAGCUCUUCACUUUAGCCCCAAUGAACAUCAAAUAGCCACCAGUUCUUUGGAUAACAGUGUUUUGUUGUGGGAUCUUCGGGGCUGUAUGAGGAGUUACAGGUUCCAGGGUCACGAUGAAGCUGUGAUGGAUGUGACGUUCUCCCCCACCGGCAAAUACAUGGCGUCUGCAUCUCGAGAUAAAACUGUCAGGUUGUGGGUACCAACAGUCACGGGGAGCACCGGAAUGUUCAAGGCUCAUUCUCAAACUGUCAGAUCAGUUCAGUUUAGCCCAGACAGUACAAAGAUUUUAACUGCAUCAGAUGAUAAAAUAGUGAAGCUUUGGUCAAGUGAAAAACACAAGUUCCUUGCUUCAUUUGUUGGGCACACCAACUGGGUUAGAUGUGCUCGCAUAUCUAAUGAUGGCUCUGUUAUAGCAUCCUCAUCUGAUGACAAGACUACCAAGCUAUGGAGUAUUGAUACUGCAGAAUGCAUACAUACAUAUAAAGACCAGAAAGGUCAUGGUAUCUGCUUGGCAUGGCACCCAUCAGGCUGCUAUGUUGCUGUUGGAACAUCUCAUGGGAAUGUCAAGCUUUAUGAUAUUAGAACUCAUAAUCUUGUUCAAUAUUACAGUAUCCAUAGUGAUGCAGUAACAAAUGUUGCUUUCCACCCUAGUGGCAGCUACAUUCUGACUUCAAGCAAAGAUGGUAAAAUGAAGAUACUGGACUUGUUGGAAGGUCAUCCCAUAUUCACACUGAGUGGCCACACGGGGGGUGUCAAUGCUGUUGGAUUCUCUCCUAAUGGAGAUUCCUUUGCCACUGCAGGAGAUGACAAACUUGUUUUUCUGUGGAAAACGAAUUUCACUGAACUACAAAAUGAUGAAAAUGUGCCUCAAAAUCCAGUAAAAACUGCAUCUCAAUCUUCCAAAAUAAGUUCCAAAACUGCAACACAGGACUGGUCCUUGAGUUCAGUGACCUCCAAGUACCAAGUAACCAUACAGAAACUUGAAUUCCGUGAUAACUGCAACCCAAUUAGAUAUAUGAUCAAACGGUCUGCUUCAUUCUAG